AUGCCGGGUAUCCGCGUGCGUGCCCUGAAGGCGGAGCAUUACAGCAUUGCCGACGGCAAUCCGGAACACGCCUUCAUCGAUAUUUCCGUGCGCCUGCGUGCCGGACGACCGAUGGAUGUCAAGAAGGACGCCGCCAGCCGCCUGUUCAACGCCGCCAAGGCGUUCCUGGAACCGGUCCUGGCCAACAGUUCGCUCGCGCUUUCCCUGGAAAUGCGCGACAUCGAUCCGGACCUUUCGCCCAAGACGGGCACCAUACGCGACAACAUUCAAAAGCUUGACGGCUACCUUGCCCGGUUCAAAAACACCGGCGUCUUGAACCAGAUCGGCGGCGAGGCGCUGCCGGCCCAGUCCGGCGAGGCCUUCGAAACCCGCUCUCCGGUGGACGAGAGCCUGAUUUGCAGUGUCGCCAAAGGCGGUGCCGCCGAUAUCGAUGGAGCUGCCAGGGCCGCGAAGGCGGCCUUUCCCGCCUGGCGGGACAUGGCCGGGGCCGAGCGCAAGAAGAUCCUGCACAGGAUUGCCGACGCCAUCGUGGAGCGUGCGGAGGAAAUCGCACUGUGCGAAUGCUGGGACACCGGCCAGGCCCUGCGCUUCAUGUCAAAGGCGGCGCUGCGCGGUGCGGAGAAUUUCCGCUUCUUUGCCGACAGGGCUCCUGCGGCCCGGGACGGCCAGUCCCUGCCCUCGCCGACCCUGAUGAACGUGACCACCCGCAUACCCAUCGGCCCAGUCGGCGUGAUCACGCCGUGGAACACGCCGUUCAUGCUGUCGACCUGGAAAAUCGCUCCGGCGCUGGCGGCAGGCUGCACAGUGGUACACAAGCCGGCGGAGUUCUCGCCGCUGACCGCGCGUAUCCUGAUGGAGAUCACCGAAGAGGCCGGUCUGCCGAAGGGUGUCUGGAAUCUCGUCAAUGGCUUUGGCGAGGAUGCCGGCAAGGCGCUGACCGAGCAUCCCGACAUCAAGGCGAUUGCCUUUGUCGGCGAGAGCCGGACCGGCUCCAUGAUCAUGAAACAGGGCGCCGAUACGCUGAAGCGCGUGCAUUUUGAGCUUGGCGGCAAGAACCCGGUCAUCGUGUUCGACGAUGCGGAUCUCGACCGUGCGCUCGAUGCGGCGAUCUUCAUGAUCUAUUCGCUCAACGGCGAACGCUGCACCUCCUCCUCGCGUCUUCUGGUUCAGGAGACAAUUGCAGACGAAUUCGAAGCCAGGCUGAUUGAACGGGUCAACGCCAUCAAGGUCGGCCAUCCGCUCGAUCCACUGACCGAGGUCGGCCCGCUGAUCCACAGAACCCAUUUCGACAAGGUGACCGGCUAUUUCGACAUUGCCCGGCAGAACGGCGCGACCAUUGCCGCAGGCGGUCAACGUGUCGGCGACACCGGUUACUUCGUCCGCCCGACCCUCUUCACCGGCGCAACCAACACCAUGGCCAUUGCCCAGGAGGAAAUCUUCGGGCCGGUGCUGACCUGCAUCCGCUUCAACUCCGAGGACGACGCCCUCCGGAUUGCCAACGAUGUGCCCUAUGGCCUCACCGGCUAUGUCUGGACCAACGACCUGACCCGCGCACUGCGCUUCACGGAUAGCCUGGAAGCGGGAAUGAUCUGGGUGAACUCGGAAAACGUCCGCCACCUGCCCACCCCCUUCGGCGGGGUCAAGGCCAGCGGUAUAGGACGCGACGGCGGCGACUGGUCCUUUGAAUUCUACAUGGAACAGAAGAACAUCGCCUUCGCGACAGGUAACCACAAAAUUCCGAAACUCGGGGCGCUGUGA